ACGGAGGUCACUCUGAAAUCUGGAGUCCAAUUGUAGAGAAGCCGGUCCACAUUUAUUUACACCAUAUGGAGCCACGUGUUCCCCCAACCACCAAGCCCUCCUUCCCCGCUGUCUACUGAACUCACGAGUCCACUUCCACUUCUUCUUCUCUCUCUCUCCCUCCCUCUCUCUCUCUCUCUAAACAUCUACAUUUCACUGAUUUCAGUCGUACUGUCCGGUUUCCGUCUCAACUUCCUUCUCUCUCCACGCACCCUUUUCGACUCCGCCGAUGGACGUAGCUUGCCAGCUCGUCUGCUGCGGUGGAAUCGACCCUCUCCGUCACACCACUUCUUCUCUCUCCUCCUCUUCUUCUUCCUCUUCCUCUUCCAGCAGCACAACAAUCACCACGCCUCGCCGUCGAAUUCCGUCCGCGAUUAGGGCUCGGAGGAGGCGGAACGGCGUCGUUCGGGCCGUCGCCACCGAGCCCAAACCCACCGAGAAAGGGCCGAGAGUAGUGAAUGGAUCCCCGAGCUCGUCUCCAUUGAAGCCGGUCAAUGGAGUUUCCACGAGAAUCGGUGAUGUUUCAAAGGAGAUCAAAAGAGUGAGAGCACAGAUGGAAGAAAAUGAACAGGUGGCAAUACUUAUGAGGGGGCUUAGGGGUCAGAAUUUGAGUGAUUCCCAGUUUGCUGAUGAGAACAUUCAGCUUCGCCUUGUGGAGGUUGAUGAAAGCAGCGAGUUUUUGCCUUUGGUGUAUGAACCUGCUAGCAUAUCUGCAUACUGGGGAAAGAGACCACGUGCUGUUGCAACACGCAUUGUACAGUUGCUAUCAGUUGCUGGAGGUUUUCUUUCCCGUCUUGCCUGGGAUGUGAUAAACAAAAAGGUUAAAGAGAAUGAAGUUUCUCGAGCUAUUGAGCUUAGGGAUAUUGUCACCUCUUUGGGUCCAGCAUACAUAAAACUUGGGCAAGCAUUGAGCAUUCGACCAGAUAUACUGUCACCUGCUGCAAUGACUGAGCUGCAAAAGCUCUGCGACAAGGUUCCCUCAUAUCCAGAUGACGUUGCUAUGGCUCUUAUAGAGGAGGAGCUUGGUCAGCCGUGGUAUAACAUCUAUUCUGAGCUGACUUCCUCACCAAUAGCGGCUGCAUCUCUUGGACAGGUGUACAAGGGUCGGCUAAAGGAGAAUGGGGAUUUGGUUGCUGUAAAAGUACAGAGGCCAUUUGUCCUCGAGACAGUGACAGUUGAUUUGUUCGUCAUAAGGAACUUGGGCUUGGUUCUUCGGAAGUUCCCUCAGGUUUCUAUUGAUGUUGUUGGUUUGGUGGAUGAAUGGGCUGCCCGUUUCUUUGAGGAGCUUGAUUAUGUUAAUGAGGGUGAAAAUGGAACAUUCUUCGCUGAGAUGAUGAAGAAAGACCUUCCACAGGUAAUUGUACCUAAGACCUAUACUAAAUACACUUCAAGAAAGGUUCUUACUACACAGUGGGUAGACGGGGAAAAGCUUUCACAAAGCACAGCAGAUGAUGUUGGAGACCUGGUCAAAGUUGGAGUCAUAUGCUACUUAAAGCAGUUGCUUGAUACUGGAUUCUUCCAUGCUGAUCCACAUCCUGGGAAUAUGAUCCGCACUCCAGAUGGGAAGCUAGCUAUCCUUGAUUUUGGCCUAGUCACAAAACUGACAGAUGAUCAGAAAUAUGGCAUGAUUGAAGCUAUUGCUCAUCUUAUUCAUCGGGACUAUGCAGCUAUAGUCAAAGAUUUCGUCAAACUUGAUUUCAUUGCCGAAGGUGUUAAUUUGGAACCCAUCUUGCCUGUUUUGGCUAAGGUAUUUGAUCAGGCACUUGAAGGCGGCGGAGCAAAAAAUAUCAACUUUCAGGAGUUGGCAUCCGAUUUGGCUCAAAUUACAUUUGACUAUCCAUUCAGGAUACCUCCGUAUUUUGCUCUUAUAAUUAGGGCGAUAGGGGUGCUGGAAGGCAUAGCUUUGGUGGGGAAUCCUGAUUUUGCUAUUGUAGAUGAAGCUUAUCCAUACAUUGCGCAGAGGCUCCUGACUGAUGAAUCACCACGCCUAAGGAAUGCUUUGCGCUACACGAUAUACGGAAAAUCUGGUGUAUUUGAUGCUGAAAGGUUCAUUGAUGUCAUGCAAGCCUUUGAGAAUUUCAUAACUGCAGCCAAAAGUGGAGGUGGUGAGGAACUGAGUGGGGAUAUGGCUGAGCUUGGCAUUCUGCAAAAUCAAAGCAGCUAUGGAUUUCCCGGUUUUCCAAUUAGUGCAUCUCAACAAGAGCAGCCAAUUCAAACAAGAGCAGCCUUGGCAUUUCUAUUAUCAGAGAAGGGAAACUUUUUUCGAGAAUUUCUUUUGGAUGAGAUUGUGAAGGGUAUUGAUGCAGUUACAAGGGAACAGUUGGUAAGAGUGAUGGCAGUCCUUGGACUUGGAAAUGUUACCCCAGUUUUCAGUAUGAUUCCGUCUUUUGGACCCAUUAGGACCGCAGCUCUUCUACCUACCAUAACUGAGGAGGACAAAGUCAUAUUGAACAAUGUUCAGAAAAUCCUCGAAUUCUUGACGGCAGGAACUACAGUAAAGAGAUCAUCAAACCAGACUGUUGAUGUUACUCAGGUGGUCCAAGAACUACUUCCUGUAUUGCCAAGCCUCUCCGUUAACGUGCUCCCUGAGAUCCUUAGUCGGCUAUCUUCCCGAGUACUGGCACGCUUAAUUCGAGAUACAUUUUUACAGUGACUCCUACUUAACGAUCCAUGAAGGUGUACAUAUAUUGGGUAGUCAAAUAUUCCAAUCAUUCACAUCCAAAUGAUUUUCCUAAUUCCUUGUCUCUAUGCCCAUCUGAUUUGUCCACAAGCUGUAGCCUAUUGGAGGCUGAAUGGAUGCAAAUUUUGGGAGGGAAAAAUAAAACAUAUUAAAAAUGUAGUUUUCCCAUUGCCAAUUUGUAUAAGCUGAGGUAGUGUCCGAUGAGGACCUUUUCUUUUAUUUUCUUCUCUUCUUCUUGUGCUGGGAACGAUCCUGUGAUGUAUAGACGUCUAACAUGUAUAUGUUGCACUGGUUGCAGAGAAUUAAGUUAUCUUUCUUAUGUUUA